AUGUCGCUGGAGAAGAUCACUACUAUCUCGCCCAUUACCAACAAGCCAGUCCUAACUCGCAACGGUCUCUCCGAUGCGGAUCUCCAGACCAUACCGGAGACGGCUGUCAAAGCCUUCGAAUCUUUCAGACGCACAUCGCUUUCUGAUAGACAGAAGAUCGUCAAGAAAGCCUUGAAGCUGCUUGAUGAGCGUCAGGAUGCCUUGGGCAAGGAAAUCACUGAGCAGAUGGGUCGGCCCAUUGCAUACACGCCAAAAGAGGUCACAACGGCUGUCAUGCGUGGCGAGUACUUGCUAAAGAUAAGCGAAGAAACACUCAAAGAUACGGCAGGCGAGCCAGAGAAGGGCUUCAAGCGAUACAUCAAGAAGGUUCCACUUGGGCCAGUCUUGAUUCUCUUCCCAUGGAACUACCCGUACUUGACACUCGUCAACUCGCUUGUGCCGGCUCUGCUUUCUGGCAACUCGGUGAUCUUGAAGCCUUCUCCGCAGACGCCUACCAGUGCCGAGCAGAUUCAACAAAUCUUCAAGGAAGCCGGACUGCCUGAUGGUGUGCUUCAAAUAUUUCAUAGUGGGUCCAUCACUCAGAUUGAGGCCAUAGCUCGAUCGCCGCACAUUCAAUUGGUCUGCUUUACUGGAUCGGUAGCCAAUGGCCUGGCCGUUCAGAAUGCGGCGAACGACCGAGUCCCUCUCCGCAUUGGUCUUGAAUUGGGUGGCAAGGAUCCCGCAUAUGUACGUGCAGACGUGGAUAUCAAAUGGGCCGCGGAGGAGAUCGUGGAUGGCUCUGUCUUCAACUCAGGCCAAAGCUGCUGUAGCGUGGAGCGCGUGUACGUCGACGAGAAAAUACACGAUGAGUUCGUAUCGGCUGUCCAGGAUGUCCUCAAAGGUUACAAGCUUGGCGAUCCUCUCGAUAAGGAUACGAACAUCGGUCCCGUGGUCUCCAAGCGCUCCGUCGAGACUAUCCAGUCCCAUAUCAAGGAUGCUCUGGACAAGGGAGCCAAGAACGCCACGCCAGACAACGAUACGUUCAAGAACCCGCCCGCCGAUGGCAAUUACGUAGCUCCCACUCUUCUGACUGGUGUCACGCAUGACAUGGCAGUCAUGACUGAAGAAACGUUCGGUCCAGUCAUCCCAGUGAUGAAGGUCAAGAACGACGAGGAGGCGAUCAAACUAAUGAACGACAGCCAAUUUGGCUUGACGGCCAGCAUCUGGACCAAGGAUGUCGGCAAGGGUCACGAGCUGAUUGACGAUGUCGAGGCAGGUACCGUCUUUGUCAAUCGCUGCGACUAUCCAGCACCAGAUCUGGCGUGGGUUGGAUGGAAGGACUCUGGACGAGGACAGACUUUGAGCAAAUUUGGGUUCGACCAGUUCGUCAAGCUCAAGAGCUACCACGUCAAGGACUAUCCGAAAUAG